AAGUGAGAGGAUGAAGGGCUGAAGUGUUCUGCGUUAUGGUGCAUCAGACCCAGCUGUUGGAACAGAAUAGGUAGAAUAACGCCCCUGAGUAUUUUCUGCAAUGGGAGUAUUCUGCUGAUAAAUUCCCUCAGUUACUGAGUUGAUGCGCAUACACCUGGUGGGUCAUUAUGCUGCUGCACCUGUGUAGUGUGAAGAAUCUGUACCAGAACAGAUUUUUAAGCCUGGCUGCCAUGGCAUCUCCAUCUAGAAGCAACCAGAACAGGCGCCGGUGCAAGGAACCGCUCUGCCACAGCUACAGCCCUAGCCAGUUCCACAGCAUGGCCAUCAGGACAGGCCCCCAUGGCACCAUCACCAUCCCCCGCUCCACCAGCGACACUGACCUGGUUACAUCUGACAGCCGCUCCACGCUCAUGGUCAGCAGCUCCUACUACUCCAUAGGGCACUCCCAGGACCUAGUGAUCCACUGGGAUAUAAAGGAGGAAGUUGACGCUGGAGACUGGAUAGGCAUGUAUCUCAUUGAUGAGGUCCUGUCAGAAAACUUUCUGGACUAUAAGAACCGUGGAGUCAAUGGUUCUCAUCGAGGCCAGAUCAUUUGGAAGAUUGAUGCCAACUCUUACUUUGUGGAACGUGAAACUAAGAUUUGCUUCAAAUACUACCAUGGAGUGAGUGGAGCCUUGAGAGCUACCACCCCAAGUGUCACAGUAAAAAACUCAGCAGCUCCUAUUUUUAAAAAUGUUGGCUCUUAUGAGACUGUCCAGGGGCAAAGAAGUCGGAGGCUGAUCAGCUUUUCUCUUUCAGAUUUCCAGGCCAUGGGGUUGAAGAAAGGGAUGUUUUUCAACCCAGACCCUUACUUGAAGAUUUCCAUUCAGCCUGGGAAGCACAGCAUUUUCCCUGCCCUCCCUCACCAUGGGCAAGAGAGGAGAUCUAAGAUCAUAGGCAACACUGUGAACCCCAUCUGGCAGUCUGAGCAAUUCAGCUUUGUGUCAUUGCCCACUGACGUGCUGGAAAUUGAGGUGAAGGACAAGUUUGCCAAGAGCCGCCCUAUCAUCAAGCGCUUCUUGGGAAAGCUUUCAAUGCCAGUUCAGAGACUCCUGGAAAGAUACGCCAUAGGGGAUAGGGUGGUCAGCUACACACUCGGGCGCAGGCUCCCAACAGAUCAUGUCAGUGGACAGCUUCAAUUCCGAUUUGAGAUCACUUCCUCCAUCCACCCAGAUGAUGAAGAGAUUUCCCCGAAUAGCCAAGCUGAUUCAGUGGAAAUUCAGGACAGCUCUAUGAACAACCUGGUGGCAAGCAAUCGUGGGGAUCCUCUGCAGGAUGCACCAGAGCCCUCUGGAAGCUCCCAGUCAGAGAAACCAAGGGAGGACAGCACCAUUGUCACUGCAGGGAGUGCUACCCUGGAGCUUGCCAAGCUGGUAGAGGAAGUGUCCAGUACCAAUGAGGCAGAAGACGACCAUGGAACAGUCUCUAUGGGACCUGAUGGGGCUGGAGAGCUUCUGGUCCCCGGGCGAGAGGACACUGAGCUUGCCUUGAGUGCAGAAGAGCUGGCAGAGGUGCUGGACCAGGGAGGGGAGGCAUCCCCACUGGAGCUGCUGGAGGACAGUGAAGCCCAGGACAUUGGGGAUCCUGUGGUAGAGGAUGCGGUGAAAAAGAGCAGGACUGGGGGGCAGGAGGAAGAAAAGGAACAGGUGAAAGAGGAGGAGAAAGAGGGGGAUGGGAACAUGUCUGCUCUGAAACAGCAGGAGAACAACUUGCAGCUGCAGGCCACGGUGAAGAGAAAGAACAGGCCCUGUUCCUUGCCUGUGUCCGAGCUGGAGACAGUGAUCGCCUCGGCCUGCAGAGACCCAGAAACCCCGCGAACACACUACAUACACAUCCACACCCUGCUGCACAGCAUGCCCUUGGCCCAGGAUGGCAGCCCCAUGGAAGAUGAUGGCGCUGAGGAAGAACCCACGCUAAAGGACACCAUGGAGAAAGAUGGGUUCAGCGAGGGAGACACAGUAGCUACUGAGCUGCCUGCUCUGCAAGAAGGUUUUGAGGACCCAGAGGGGGCUACUCCAGGUACGAUGCCCCCUGGCCUCUCUGGCUUGGCCAACAGUUCGGUCCUGGAUGGCGACAUGCACCCCAGCACCGGGAGUGAGAGUGACUACAGCCCCAGGCAAGGCGGAGACCACAGCUUUGAAGGCUGUGAAAGGUCCUGUUGCAGCCCCUCCUGCUACAGCUCCUCCUGUUACAGCACAUCUUGCUAUAGCAGCUCCUGCUACAGUGGCUCCUGCUACAAUGGCAACAGGUUCACCAGCCACACCCGCUUCUCCUCCAUGGACAGUGCCAAGAUAUCCGAGAGCACUGUCUUCUCCUCGCAGGAUGAUGAUGAGAACAGUGCGUUCGAGUCGGUGCCGGACUCGGUGCAGAGCCCAGAGGCGGACCUGGAGUCUGUGAACUCUGCUGGGCAAUGGCAAGACCAGCUAGCAGGCCCGACCGGCAGUAUGACAGGGAGUGUGGCAAGAACUGUUGAUGGUCUGGAAUCUCCCAUGGCAGGGUCAAGCAAUCGGAGAGAAGGUGAAUGUCCUAUACUACAUAAUUCCCAGCCAGUAAACCAGCUUCCUUCCUUGAGGCCUGAACAUCAUCACUACCCAACAAUCGAUGAGCCUCUUCCACCAAACUGGGAAGCUCGCAUUGACAGCCAUGGGCGGGUCUUCUAUGUAGACCACGUGAACCGCACAACCACCUGGCAGCGUCCAACAGCUGAAGCCACCCCUGAUGGGAUGCGAAGAUCAGGGUCCAUCCAGCAGAUGGAGCAACUCAACAAGCGGUAUCAAAAUAUUCAGCGAACCAUUGCAACAGAGAGGCCUGAAGAAGAUUCUGGUAGUAAAAGUUGUGAGCAAGUCCAAGCAGGAGGCGGCGGUGGAGGUGGUGAGAGUGACUCAGACACUGAAUCUUCUCAAUUGAGCUUAGAUCUGAAGAGAGAAGGGUCACUUUCUCCAGUGAAUUCACAAAAAAUCACCUUGCUGCUACAGUCGCCUGCAGUCAAGUUUAUCACCAAUCCUGAAUUCUUCACUGUACUGCAUGCCAAUUAUAAUGCUUACCGAGUAUUCACCAGUAGCACCUGCUUAAAGCACAUGAUUCUGAAAGUCCGGCGGGAUGCACGCAAUUUUGAACGCUACCAGCACAACCGGGACUUGGUGAAUUUCAUCAACAUGUUUGCAGACACAUGUCUGGAAUUGCCUCGGGGCUGGGAGAUCAAAACAGACCAGCAGGGAAAGUCUUUUUUUGUGGACCACAACAGUCGAGCGACCACUUUCAUUGACCCCCGAAUCCCUCUUCAGAAUGGUCGUCUUCCUAAUCAUCUGAUGCAUCGUCAACACCUCCAGAGGCUCCGAAGUUACAGUGCUGGAGAGGCCUCAGAUGUCUCUAGAAACAGAGGAACCUCUUUAAUGGCCCGGGCGGGACACAGCCUAGUAGCUGCUAUUCGAAGCCAGCAUCAACAUGAGCUGUUGCCACUGGCAUAUAAUGACAAGAUUGUGGCAUUUCUUCGCCAGCCAAACAUUUUUGAAAUGCUACAAGAACGUCAGCCAAGCUUGGCAAGAAACCACACACUCAGGGAGAAAAUCCAUUACAUUCGGACUGAGGGUAAUAAUGGGCUUGAAAAGUUGUCCUGUGAUGCAGAUCUAGUCAUUUUGCUGAGUCUCUUUGAAGAAGAGAUUAUGUCCUACAUCCCCCUGCAAGCUGCCUUCCACCCUGGGUACAGCUUCUCUCCCCGCUGUUCACCCUGUUCCUCACCUCAGAACUCCCCAGGUUUACAGAGAGCCAGUGCAAGAGCCCCUUCACCCUACCGGAGAGACUUUGAGGCCAAGCUCCGUAAUUUCUACCGAAAACUGGAAGCCAAAGGAUUUGGUCAGGGUCCAGGGAAAAUUAAGCUCAUCAUUCGUCGGGACCACUUGUUGGAAGGAACUUUCAAUCAGGUUAUGGCCUAUUCCCGGAAGGAGCUCCAGCGAAACAAGCUCUACAUCACCUUUGUUGGAGAAGAAGGCCUGGAUUACAGUGGUCCUUCGAGAGAGUUCUUCUUCCUUUUGUCUCAGGAGCUCUUUAACCCUUACUAUGGACUCUUUGAAUAUUCUGCAAAUGAUACUUACACCGUGCAAAUCAGUCCCAUGUCUGCAUUUGUGGAAAACCAUCUAGAAUGGUUCAGGUUUAGUGGUCGUAUCCUAGGCCUGGCUCUGAUACACCAAUACCUUCUUGAUGCCUUCUUCACAAGGCCUUUCUAUAAGGCACUCCUGAGACUACCCUGUGAUUUAAGUGACCUGGAAUACUUGGAUGAGGAAUUCCACCAAAGCUUACAAUGGAUGAAGGACAACAACAUCACAGAUAUCCUGGAUCUCACUUUCACUGUUAAUGAAGAGGUUUUUGGACAGGUAACAGAAAGGGAGUUAAAAUCUGGAGGAGCCAACAUCCAGGUGACAGAAAAGAACAAGAAGGAGUACAUUGAGAGGAUGGUGAAGUGGAGAGUAGAGCGUGGUGUGGUGCAGCAGACAGAUGCCCUGGUGCGGGGCUUUUAUGAGGUCAUAGACUCUAGGUUUGUCUCCGUGUUUGAUGCCAGAGAACUGGAGCUGGUGAUAGCUGGAACAGCAGAAAUUGACCUCAACGACUGGCGGAAUAACACUGAGUACCGGGGAGGUUACCAUGAUGGGCAUCUUGUGAUCCGUUGGUUCUGGGCUGCAGUGGAGCAUUUCAACAAUGAGCAGAGAUUAAGAUUGCUUCAGUUUGUCACAGGAACAUCAAGUGUGCCCUAUGAAGGCUUUGCUGCCCUUCGAGGAAGCAACGGGCUUAGGCGUUUCUGCAUAGAGAAAUGGGGGAAAAUUACGUCUCUACCCAGGGCGCACACGUGCUUCAAUCGAUUGGAUCUUCCACCUUAUCCCUCGUACUCCAUGUUGUAUGAAAAGCUGUUAACAGCAGUAGAAGAAACUAGCACCUUUGGACUUGAAUAAAGAAAUGGAAACUCGUCUUACAUUUUCCUGGACAGUGAUACCACCCUUUCUGGAAAAAAUCCCCCUUUCUCUUUCCCUGAAUCAGCUCUCCUUUCAUUUCGUUAUUUCAUUAUUUUUAUUUUCAAACCAAAUCAGAAUUGAUAAAAACUGUGCAUGAAGAACCACCUUCUACUAAGAUAUAACCUUCAGGCCUAUCUCCUCUAUUUCAACUAACUGCUAGCCUGUAUGCAAUAUUAAAAAAACAAAACAAAA